CCAGCUCAACUCCAUUCACUAUGAUGCUCGACUCCUAGCAAGAAGCUCCUCCGCACCCGACAUCCGCUGUAAGAGGAAAACUCAAUGAAAUUCACGAACACUUCUUGACCAGAAUUAACGUUUGUUCAGCCAGCGUGAAGUGAACCUGAAGACAUCACCUCAGUGCCUUCAUCAAGACAUUAUUUUGGGGGGGCACUUUGAGCAUUAAGGUUUUCCUUCCCUCCCCCUUUUCUUUCCUGAAGACUUCGAAAUAUUCUCUUCUCAUCAAUUUUCUAAAAAAGAAAAAAUAUUGAACAACUAUUUGACACAGUAUUUGACUUCCUUGGACUGCUGCAGACUUGAUUCGAGGAUUGAAAUCUCUCAUUAAAUCGCUUGGACCGCUCGUAUAUGUGAUUGGUUUAACAAGUACCUUUAUUCUUCAGUGAGAGAUCAUGGAGCGCGACUCUACCGCGGGAGGGGCGGAGGACCUGCUCCUGGAGGACAAAGUUUCAAAACUGCGUGCAGGAUCACUUCAUAAACACGAACUAGCUGAGGCCAUGGAAGUGGAACAGGAAGGACUGGUAGAACAUCAGCCUCUGGAGCAGGAUGACCUUAACUUUGAGAAAUGGAAGCCCAAGCCAAAGCCCAAGAGGACGCUGCAUGAGAAAAUCGACGACCUAAAGACUUACCUGUGGAACGCAGAAACUAAGGAGUUUAUGGGCCGCUCAGGGAAGAGCUGGAGCCUUAUUCUUCUCUUCUACUCAGCAUUGUACAUUUUCCUCGCCGCCAUGUUUGCUGGUUGUAUGUGCUGCCUGAUGUGGUCAAUUAGUCCAUAUUCUCCCACCUACAAUGACAGGGUGAUGCCACCAGGUAUGACAAUGUCACCUCAUGUAGAUGUAGCUCAUGGGUUUGACAUUGCUUUCAACGCCUCUGACCAAAAAUCGUGGAAGAAGUAUGCGAAAGCACUGGAAGCCCAUUUGAAACCCUAUGAUGAUAGAGUGCAGGAUAGGCGGAACAUUCCAUGCCAAGAAAAUACGUAUUUCACACAGGAUGGUUUAGAGGAGAGUGCUGAGCGCAAGGCAUGUCAGUUUAAGAGGUCCUGGCUAAACGAAUGCUCCGGCCUGCAGGACAGAGAUUUCGGCUACUCGAAGGGAAAACCCUGCAUCAUCGUCAAAAUGAAUCGGAUUCUCGGGUAUCUGCCUGGUCAAGGCACUCCAAUAAACGUUACAUGUGGAGUAAAGAAAGGGUCAACUGAAGGCCUAGGACAAGUCAAGUUCUUUCCAGAUAAUACCUUCAAAUUGCAUUACUAUCCCUAUUAUGGGAAACUGAGACAUGUAAACUACUCUUCCCCACUGGUGGCUGUGCAAUUUUCUGGAGUCCAGUACGACACCCAACUACACGUUCAAUGCAAACUAAACGGCAAAGGCAUCAUCAACGAUUCACCAACCGACCGUUUCCUGGGUAGUGUGUCUUUCACUUUAGAAGUGGGUGCAUAGGAUCACAGUAGACCUAGAGAAAUUGAAAUUAAAAUUCUCAGAGUAUGUUAUAAUGAAUGAAAUAGCACACUGGGUGCUGUCUUUACCUAUUAGCCCUCUGAUUAUGCCUCCGGCAGCCACUGUGCUAUUCGCAUCAGAGCUGUGUUACUACACUACUUUUUCAAACAAGGGAUUUCGCAAUAAGCAAAGACUAAGAUUUAUAGAUCACAUUCAGUAACGUAACAUUCAGUACCCAGCCACUAGAGACUGACAACUGCCUGGAUUUCAUUAUUGGAUAAAAUGAAAAUAUGAAAAGCUGUCCAAAUACGUAGGUCGCAAUUAUAGCUAUUGAGGCAUAAUCACUCAAACGAACAGUCUACAGUGAGACAUAGGCGAAACAAUUCUCUAGAUCUGUGUAGAUUGUAGAAUUAACAUGUAUUAAACUUUUUCGAUCAGUUAUUUUGGUAAUUCAGAUGUGUAUAUAACACAUUAAAACAACAUUUUUUAAAUGUUUUCUCCGUUAAGUCACUGUCUCCAUUAAAUUCCCCCUCUGGAUGGAAAAAAAAAAAAAAAAGGCAGAAAUGACUUAACAUUAUCCUUUACUUGCUCAUUUAAUGGAAUAACAAUCAAAUGUGGUUUAGAAUUAAUUGAUUGUACAUUUUGAACUAAAUUUUUUCUUUUGCUUUUACUUUUCGGAUACUAAAUUUCAGUUCCAGAGGCAAAUGUAUUUGACUGAAAUCCCAUGUCAUCAUUUUGAGAGCUUCACAAUGAAAUACAAGUUCUCAAAAUUCAUCUUUCUUUUGUCAAGCAUGCAACCAACACAAAAAAACAAAACAAAAGAGUAUUUCACAUAAUUCAUCUCUGAGUGAAAAUAUCUGCUCAGUUACCUGUAAGAAGGAUUUCAACAGUAUUAUUUAUUAAUUGUAUUUGAAUAUAUUGACAUGGUAAAAGCAGUGUAAUAGUGAGAUGGAAAUUGGUAACUGCACAUCUUUGUUAUUCAGUAAAUACAAUGACAAAGAUUUUCCAGCUCAUGUUUUUAAACGCACUCAUGUUCUAGCAUAAACAAUAAAGAUGGAUGAGAAUUAACGGAAUCAAA